AUGUCUUUUGAUCAAAUGUCAGAUCGCGAACUCCUUGAUAUGGUAGCCCAGAAUAUGAUCAUUUUGAAAAAAGAAUUUUCCCAACUACAAGGGGCUUACGAAGCCCAAAGUGAUCAAUUAGCAUUGUUAAGGGCGGAACUUGAGGAACAUUGCAACCAGUCACGUAACCAACAUGUGUUUUAUUCAAAUCAAAUUCAAGGAGCCGCGGCCUCCAUUCAGGUUGUGCAAGAUCAAUUGCUCCAUAUGUCUAAUGCUUGCCCUACAGCCCCACCUCCACCUCCUCGAAGUUUGCCAAGCCCAAUAAGUUCAAUGGCAAAAAGAAGACGCCCUCAAUUUCAUCAUUGCCUGUCAAGCUUAUAUAAGGGCAAAAGGGGCCAACCAAUCCCACAAAGAAAAAUCUUAAAGAAAGUGUUCAGGGGAGAAGCAGUCCCUCUGUUGGAGGAUAUCGAUACUUUUUGGGCUGAGUUCACUAAGCAUUAUGUGGAUACUAACCGCGAUGAAAAAUAUUGCCAAAAAUGGAACAACUUGCGGCAGAAGGCUUCAGUCCAGGAGUACACUCAAGAAUUUCAACAGUACUCCGUAUCCUUGGGUUAUAGCAACGAGACACUGCGCAAUAAGUACUAUGAUGGACUCAAAAAUGACAUCAAGGACAUUAUGUUAUCUACCAUGUUCCAAUGGCGUCGUGCUACCGCUCAACAAGUUUAUGACAAAGCGGAAGAGAUUGCCAACCAUAUUGAAUCCACUUGUCUGUCCAAUCCAUCGGUCUCUACUACUCGUACCACUUCCUCUACUGUUCCCACCUCCACUUCUACUUCCAAUCCCACUCCUGCUUGCACUCGUCUCAACGUUGGGGACAAUGUUUACAUGAUUGAUCCCACCACUUGUCGCGCGAAAAAAAGGCGCUAUCACUUCUAUUGUUCGAACAACCUCCGGCAACAUGCCAAACAUGAACGUCCUGCUGCCGCCGCACCUGUCAAAUCUAUAAUUGCCCCCACUCCCAUCUUAGCCUCGAAUUCUAAAGGUCCAGGCCCUAUGGAUCUUGAUGGAAGGGGUUUUGCUAAUCUCACUUGUCAUGUGUGCGGUGGUAAAGGUCAUUUUGCGCGAAACUGUCCCUCCAAGCCCAUGUCUGGACAUGUGGCUAAUGUUGAAUGGUCAUGGGAAAGGCCAAAGGAAGAGAGUCGUAUCGAAGUUGUUUCAGAUGAAGAAGAAUUGGGAAAAGGAAAGCCAAGGCCGACUAAGGAGUAA